GCGUGAGGGGAGCGGAGCGGAGCGGAGCGGGUGGCCUCCCCCCCCCCGCCCUCCCCCGCCCGGCCCCGGUCCACGCUGGCUCCCGGGGACCCCCCCGAAAUGCCGGUGCGGAGCGAGAGGUGCCGCGCGGGCGGAGCGGCUGGCUCGGCCUCCUCGGCGCCCUCCGGUGCGGCCGCCAGCAGCCUGGUGCCGCCGCCCCCCAUCAACACGGCGCAGCCCGGCGUGGCCACUUCGCUGCUCUACAGCGGCGCCAAGUUCCGCGGGCAGCAGCGCAGCAAGGGCAAUGCCUACGAGGUGGAGGUCGUCAUGCAGCAUGUGGACAUGGAAAACUCCUAUCUCUGUGGAUACUUGAAGAUUAAAGGCCUUACAGAGGAGUACCCAACCCUCACCACUUUCUUUGAAGGCGAAAUAAUCAGUAAAAAGCACCCUUUUUUAACGCGCAAGUGGGAUGCUGAUGAAGACGUGGAUCGUAAACACUGGGGGAAGUUCCAGGCUUUUUACCAGUAUGCAAAAACAUUUAACUCUGAUGACUUUGAUUAUGAGGAUCUGAAAAAUGGGGACUAUGUCUUCAUGAGAUGGAAGGAACAGUUCCUAGUCCCAGAUCACACCAUCAAAGACAUCAGCGGUGCUUCCUUUGCUGGUUUCUAUUACAUCUGCUUCCAGAAGUCGGCAGCAUCUAUAGAGGGCUAUUACUACCAUAGGAGUUCAGAAUGGUAUCAGUCAUUGAAUUUAACUCACGUUCCUGAGCACAGCGCUCCUAUCUACGAAUUCCGAUGACAGCUGUCCAGAACUGAUACUGCACAGAAGCAAACCGGGCAGGAGAGCAUGGCCUGCCAGGAGAACUGUGUCCCUGUCGGAGCACGGGAAUGCACGCUUCUCUCCUGCCCCUCGGACUCGUGAGAGAGAGCCUGAAUGUUAACCCACCCAGCCCAAGGAGCGUGGCUGCUGGAGCUUGAUUCUUCCUCCUGUCGAGUGGCGAUUUGAUCUUUAAUCUGGUUUUAAGCUACUUUUAAAUGCACUUUCUUAUUGCACAGCUAGUUUCUCUAUCACUGAAGUUCCUCCCGGCUCUCCUCUGGAAGCUGUUUCUCAGUAGCUGGAAUCAGUGGUCUGUCUUCUGAGUAAUAAGAAAAUAUAAGCUCAGUGCUUAUAUUUUCAUUGUUACAGCCUGAUAUGGGUUGAAAUCGCCAGGACUCAGGUUUGUUGCCCAGAUUGCUGGCUCUGAUGCUCCCAGAGCCGGGUCCUGUGUGUGAGGCUCUGCUUGGCAGAGAGCUGCCUAGCUGCAGAGUCUGUUGGGGGAGUGUUGGCUGAGAAAGAUAAGGCUUGAAUGAGUCUUUGCUUUGUGCUGGCUAACGAGGUUAGCAAGAGCUGCAGAUCUUUCAGGAGCUCCAGCCCUUUGGAGCUGGGAGCUGUUCCGGUGUCUGGAUACGCCACUGGGAAUUAAUUUGAUGUAUGGACUUCUAGGCUCUCAGUAAAGUGGAUCUGAACUCUGCUUAUAGGUGUAUAUUUGCUCUUUACUUAAGUUAAGGGUAAAAAAGGAGAAAAAAAAAAAAAAAAAGAAAAAAAAAAAAAGGACUUUUAUUAAAAAAAUAUAUAUAUUUUUAUGGUUCCUUUUCCAAAGGACCCUAUGGCAAAUGCACAAGUACUCAAUUACAUUUAACCGUUUUCACAUUGAAAACUGGGAAUGUCUGCGUUAGUUUUUAUAUACGUGUAUGUAAUCAGCUAGCUGCUUUGGGAAAGUAAUCAGAGUGCAAGUGCUGAGCAGCGUUGCAGGGACAGCUCUGGGACUGUUCAGCAUUUGUACUCGCUUCAUGCUUCACCAACACCACUGCUUGAUACCUUUUUACAAGGCAAAAAAAAAAAAAGAAAAGAAGAGGGGAAAAAAAAAAACAACAAAAAAAAAAAAAACAAAAAAGAAACCCCAGUAGCUCUCCUCUGACUUUGAAAUGUUUCAAGUGAUAUAACUUAAGGCUUGUGUGCCAAAGUGUGUGUGUAUGCGUGUGUGGUGGUUUUUUUUUGUUUGUUUGUUUGUUUUUUCUUUUUUUUUUAAAGACAUUUUAAAAAUUGGCCUUGGUUGUAUAUUUAAUGUGACAGUCCCACCUGUGGGGCUUUUGUGAGAGUUUAGUUUGCAUUUUUCUGGCUCUUUUAAAAACAACCCCCUUACAGCAGGCUCGUAUCACCAGGUGGGUGUUGAUGGGUUUGCUGCCCGGGAGGGGAAAGGGAAGCCUCCGCGUGCCUAAUGCCAAGGUGGUUUGUUUUUUCUUCUUUUUAACUAACUUUCUUCCUUUCAGCUGCCUGUCUGGUUUCUUGCAGCAGCCGAAUUGCUAGUUUAAGCCUUAACAAGACAGUAUUCAGGGCUCAGUGAGGCCAUUUCUUCUAUUCCAAGCCGGGAUCUUGCGUGAUCGGAGAAGCGGCUGUGCUGCUCUCAGGAGAUGAUGCGGAAAUCGCCCGCCUCGCGCGUGCUGUUCCCCGCGGACGAAUCCCUUUCCCCCGGCGCAGAGACGCCUGCUCGGGGGGAGAAAGGGGGAGCCCUGGCCCUUCUGGAGGGCCGGAGCCCCCCUGGCGAGGAAGGAACCGCGCGCUGUUGUCUUGACCUGAGCAGGUCGAUUUGUAGAGCAGCCUGAAGGCGAGCGGGAGAGCGAUUCGAGGCGCGACGGCCGAGCGGUUGGGAAGCGGAUUCCCAUUUCAUUUUGUUUUGCUGCUCUCGGAGAAACUCGGCCCCUUUAGCGGCGGGGAGAGGGGCUUCCUCGCAGGCACCCCCUGGUUUUAGAGGUGAAAGCCGGCGGGGUUGCUCUGCUGUGAUCACCCAUGGGGGUGAAGCCUCCUCCCGGGUGCUGUGUGGGCGCAGGACCCAGCUCUUCGCAGCCCUCGGAGCUGUCUGUGUGCAAUAUUGUCACCGGGCUCCUUGCGCUCCCCAGGGCUGUCAGUGCCAGCGGGACACUUGGGUUUCUGACGUGGUUUAGUCAAAUGAACACUGGCUGUUGGCAGAAGCUGAGUCAGGAAGUGUCCCGGGGUUGGUUCAUAUGUAUAGUUACCCCAAAACCUCUAAAGUUGUGCUUUGAGACUUGCUAUGUUGUGAGGAGGGUGUGCAAGGAGCAUCCUGCUCGCUGCCCGUCUCCUUCCUGCUGUCCUGGAGCCAAUUUCGGCUGAAAUCCCAAACUAAUUUGCCAUCGGUGAUGGGUGAUGCUGCCCCGUGGGACGUGUGUGGCGGGUGCAGAGCAGGUCGUGGAGCCAAGGGGUUUACAGGGGCUGUUGGUGUUCGGAGCUUCCUUCCUUUAAAGGCUUCGUUUUGGUUUUCUUCUUUUUUUGACUUGUUUGAUGAGCUGAGGAGAGACGUUACGUAUGUCGCAGUGUGGUGAGAGAGAACUGACCAAGGGAGUAUCUGGGGAGGGUCAGAGGUAAGAAAUGGGGUAUUUGGUCUUGGAAGAGGUUGCAAUGUCUCUUUUUAACCACGCUGGCUGCAGAAGGGAUGUACUUGUUGGCAGACAGAGCGGGGGCCGAGACAGCGUUUUGCAGAGCAAUCCAUGUCCAAAUUAAACAUGAAAUGUGCUUAA